AUGGUGAUUGAGUCCAAUCAGAGAGCUGAUGUGAUUGUAACUGCAUUAUCAACAUUGUCCACCUUGAUCAAACCAUGCUUUGGUCUAAACGGUACAUUCCAAAUGAUGUUACCAAGUCAUGAUGAUACCAACAGUAACCACAAUGGAGGUGAUCAACAACAGUCAGCAGACUCUAUAACACUUACCAAUAAAGCAUCAGAGAUACUAAAGUUGGUCAAGCUAGAUCAUCCAAUCAGUGAUAUAAUCAAGAGAACAAUGACAUCAUUGGAGUACGUUGCAUAUGAUGGAGGUUGUCAACUUGUAUUACUGAUUGAGAGACUAUCUCGUGAUGCAAUGGAGAUGAUUGAAGAUAGACACAUACAUCCAAUAUCAUUAGUUUAUGCACUUCAGAAGCUUGGAAAGAGAAUUGAACCAAUGUUAUCAUCAUGUCGUGUAUCAUUGUUGAUGAAUAACAACAGUGAUGAUGGUGAACGACUCAAACCUGAAGACAUUGAUGCAAUGUCAAGUGAUCAGAUCAAAGAGUUGAUCAUUAAUGUGGACCCAAGAUUGUUAUACUCAACAGUUCAUUCAUCGAUAUAUACCAAGCUCAAGGAUCAACAACAGGCUAGUGAGGUGGCUGAUGUCGUCUCUGGUAUGAUGAUGGCAAUGUACAACAAGAGAACAGUAUCACAACAAAUGAGACAGCGUAUCAACUUUAGAGAUCAGGUCAUCAUCACUCCAAUCAUUCAAUCAUCGAACAAACAUUUCAAGUCAUCUUUCAUUCUCAACUCUUUCAUCUUGGACCUUGACCAUCAUCAUCACAUGACAUGCAAGACUAGCGAGUCAAUGUCCAUUAUAUUGAUCAAUGAGCCAUUGGAGAUGGACAACUCAAAAGGUGAUGGCAACUCUGGAAAGAUUGCAGACACAACAGCCAUCUCAUUCACUUCAUCACAACAUAUGAAUGAAUUGUUGGACAAGCAGAAGGAUAUCACAAUGUCAAAGAUUAGAAGACUGCGGCAGCUCAAUGUGGAUGUUGUAAUAUCGAGUUGUAACAUUGAUGAUACAUCAAUGAAGAUACUUAGUGAUGAUGGUGGCCCCAUCAAUGGCAGGCCAAUGAUGGUCUUAAGGAAUGUCUCCAAGCAAUUGAUGGGAGUGAUCUCAAAAGGACUGGACAUCAAAUCAUUGAAUAGCAUCUUACAUCAGACUACCAACAUGGUCACCAAUCCUAAUACUGGUGAUGAUGAUAGUUGGCAACAAUCAUUCAAGAAACACUUUGUUGGACGAAUGAAACAUGCGACACUGUUAGACAUCAACUCAAAUAGCCUGUCAUCUUUAAAGUCAAACAAGGUUCAAUUCAGCGGAAUAAUAUCACGUGAUGAUGGUCAGUUGGUCGAACAACCAAUGAUGGCAACAGUAAUGCUCGUGGCCACUACACCCCUGACACUAAGAUACAAGGUUGGCUCAUUCGUCACUGGAUGUGGCGUGGCCAAAUGUUGCUUUGAGGAUCUUUUCAUACUUCCCGGAGCUCAAUCAGUUGAGUUGUCAAUCGCCAAACAACUUAGGAGACAACAACAACAGAAUAAGGAAGAUAGUAGUGGACUGGAUGUAUUCGAUAUUAUGGCAAACAAGUUGAUGGCCAGAGCAUUGGAAUCAUUGUCAAAUAUAUUGCUGCUCAACAGUGGAUCACAAACACUUCACAUCGAUCUAUUACAUCAAUACAAUAACAAUGACGACAAUGAUGGCAAGGGCAUCAAUCUGGACUUGCGAACAAGGACAACCACACCAUUCAUCGACCCAUCACAUCAUGGCAUCUACGACACCUAUCGCUCCAAGUUAUUCACAAUGCGCAAUGUCAUUGAUGUCGUAUGUCUCUUGUUAAAGAUAGACCAAAUAGUGUAUCCGAGACAGACUCAGCCGCACCAACAGUCACCGCCACAGCAACAGUCACAGUCACAGCAAAAGCAGCCAAACUAUAUAGAGUUCAAACCACCUCCUCUCAAUAUACAAAUGGCAGAGCAGAGACAGCUGGAGCAGACCAGGAAGAAGAACCAGAUGUUCUAUUCAAAGAGUGAGGUGGAGCGUAGACAGAAGCUAUCCAGUGCACUGCUGGGUACAUGA